AGUGAGCACCUCUCAGCCUCGUUUGGUAGGAACCGAACAAUAUGUCCACCCUAUCACACCAACUUGUUUCAUUUAAACUAAUUGUUUAUUUUAUCACUUUUGAUGAAUUUUAUAAUGAAAAGGGACUGAUUAGGGAUUGUGCUGAUGAAAAGGAUCCUAUCAAAUACAUGAUUAGUACCCUAUUUUGCAAAACUGUUACAAGGAGUUACUUGCUCCCGGUAGCUUUCCACUAGGUGCUGCGUGCGUCUGCAAACAAUUCGACGAGUAACCUUGGGGAUGCAUUGGAGAGAGGCCAACGUCCUAUAAUAGGGAAUGGUGGUGAUGACCAGAGCUCAUGUUCAAGACCAGAGAUGCAAGGUGAGAGCGCAGACGUGGAGGACUCAACUAAAGAAGCCAUUUGACUUCAUGGGAGCGUCGUUUAGAAGAAACGCACAACGCAACAGAGAAAAAAGUGUUGCUAGAUACGAAUCUAUGAUAGAGCUUGAUCUCUCCCUGAGAAGACCUAACACUUGCGAGAACCAAUCUUCUGCAGAAAAGCCCUCUCUUCAUCCUUCUAGUGCAUCUGUCCUUGCGCUUCAUCCGGAACUUGUUUAAAGCGGCUUCCCGUGGAAGCGGUUCAGAGGUAUUGUAUUGGUUGACGUUAUCAUCUUCACUUGCUGCAACAUUCUUUCUUUGAUUAGAAACCAAGGGAGAAACCGAACAUUGUGGCCUGUGAACGUACCUGGCAACAAGAACAUACAAUCAGCAGAAAGAACAACACAUGUUGAAAGACUGAGACUGAUAGUCAAAGUGCGACAAAGAUUUCAAGCUCACACAAAACUCUCUCAUUAUUUUAGUUAUUUAUUUUUUGUUUCUCAUUAUUAUUGUUGUAUAUGUAUUUUUAUGUAAUAUAUGUAUUUAUAUGUAAUUUGUUUACAG